AUGGAGGGGGCACCUGGGGUCAUUCCUGAGCAAUCUCCUUUCUCUCCAAGAGAGGACCAAUGUUUAGCCCCAGAAGGAGCCAUAAGCACCCCACCAUUGAUGGAAGGACAGAUACUACGCUUGUCUCUGUGGACACGAGGAGCUUGUAUCCUAUCUUCUAGCCAGUGUUUUGCUCCAGACACGGUAUGUAAAGGCAGAAGCUAUCUGAAGCCUGCAUCCCAAGCAAGGGGGAAAAAGUUCAUAGGGAAGGGUUGCAGACCAAGCUGGAUGAGCAAGCAUCUUGAACAGUGUUACACCUGUUGCCAUUUUGCAGGUGCAAAAUGUGAAGCAAACACUUUUGAUGGGGAGCGUUGUUUGUAUGGGGCUUUGAGUGAUGCCAUCCGACGUGUGUUGAAGGAAUACAAGCAGAUCACAGCGAAGUGCAUGAAGAGAGAUUAUUACGAUGUCUUCUUGCAGCGGCUUCUGGAACAGGGUUACCAAAGCGACAUUGUCUUCAUCGUCCAUGGGAAAUCCUUCUGUGCCCACCGCUGCAUCCUUAGUGCCCGCAGCGUGUACUUUGCAGAAAUGUUUGAGACCAAGUGGAAAGGGAAGAACAUGAUAGCAUUAAAGCACCCACUGAUCAACCCAGCGGCCUUUGGCUCCCUCCUGCAGUAUCUUUACACAGGUCGUCUAGACAUUGAUGUAGAAUAUGUGAAUGAUUGCAAGAGACUAGCCAAACAGUGUCGGCUUCAGGAUCUCAUCGAGGAUUUGGAGAUCAAGUGUAAAAAGGUCUAUGAAUUUGUCUCUUCCAAGCCAGGGACCUGUGUGAAAGUGCUGACGAUUGAGCCCCCAGGUAACUGUCGGCUGCAGGAGGAUCUGGCUCUACUAGCAGACUGCGCCCUGCCGGCUGAACUGCGGGUGGGUUUUGGGGAGUUGCCAUUUGACAGCACUGACAACUUUAGCAGCUGUCCUGAUGUGUGUUUUCGAGUGACGGAUUACAACUUUUUAUGCCAUAAGGCAUUUUUCUGUGGCCGCAGUGAUUACUUCAAAGCCCUCCUUGAGGAUCAUUUCAGUGAGAGCGAGGAGCUGCAGACUCAGCCCACCAUCCCUGUGGUGACCCUUCAUAACAUCUCAGAAGACAUCUUCAUCAGGGUCCUCUACUACAUCUACAGCGAUGACACUGAGCUGUCCCCUGAGAAUGCUUAUGACGUGCUGUGUGUAGCAGACAUGUACCUGUUGCCUGGCCUCAAACGCUUGUGCGGGAGAACCUUGGCUCAGAUACUUGAUGAGGACAAUGUUGUCAACAUCUGGAGGAUUGCAAAGCUGUUCCAGCUGACCCGACUGGAGGACCAGUGCACGGAGUACAUGGCGAAGAUCAUUGAGAAGCUGGUGGAGCUAGAGGAGUUUGCGGCUGCUGUGAAAGAGAAUGCUGAGGCAGUGGAGGAACGGCAGGAGACUGAUUCCAUCCCCCUGGUGGAUGACAUCCGCUUCCACAUCACCAGCAAUGUGCAGACUUACAGUGCCAUCGAGGAGGCCAACCAGAAACUAGAGGCACUGGAAAACCUCCUGGCCAGUAUAGGACUCGAGUGCUGAAGUCUGUAAAUCCUGUUGUUGGAUGCAGAGAGCAGCUUGUGUGACCUCCAGUGGGUUGCCUCUGAGUGCAAGAACAUAUGAGUCUUAGUCAAAUGACUUUUCUUUUUUCUUUCCUCCUUCCCACCCACCCCCGGGCAUGGUUUCCUUUUAAUUCAUUCAUGGCUGGACAUUCACAUGUUUGCUUUUUUCCUUCUGUUAAUAGGAUCCCAAAGUGCAGCCCAGUUUGAUAGUUACUGCUUGUACGAUACAGCACUGAGAGGGAACUGCCAACCAUGUGGCUAAUGGAGCUGUAUUAACGGACUCAGUGACAUCUGGCCCCAGGAGCUGCCCCACUCUCUUAGCCAGCAAUGCAUUUCUGAAACUGGUUCAAGCCAGGGUUCUUGUAUAGUUAUCAAGGGAACAAAAAUGGAUUAUGCUGAGUGUAAAGGAAUCUGUUAGAAUUAAACUGGCUGGUCUUUCGCUGUCAGUAUUAUGGGGAGUUAGCGGAGAGGAUGGCAUUUUAAUGGGGCACAGGAAUGUAGCCUUAUGGGGCACUAGCUGACUUCACCUGCUCUUCUUGUUUCUCAGUCACAAACUACUGGGAUCCUCCAAGUAUUGACACCUGGAUUUACACCCUCAGUGUAGUGUGAAAGUUUAGGUUUUAAGUCCAUAUUCUGACAGAUUGUGACAGUGUAUCCUUGAUCAGGGGGACAUGGCUAAAUUGAAUGACUUCUUUUCUGGAUACUUUGUUUAAUGCAUGUCCCAAAUAUAAACCUGUAGGAAUACAUUAGAGAGCAGCAGGAGAGAGACGCAGUCUCCUAAAGAGCCAGUAACUUUUCAAAGGCACUGAUGCAGAGGUACUGCCCUUGUCUCACUCUAACAGGAGAGCAACUCCUUUCCUCUCAGAGUUGCCACGUAUUCUUUUUUUGGCCUGUUGUGUCAGGAUGAAGGAAAGACUUAUCAAAGUUUAAGGGUGGGUGACAAGGAAAAGGGAGCUUUACAAGGCUUGUCUCAGUUCAUUUGCCCUGCUCUUUCGUCUUCUGACUUUACUCAGGCUUAAAAACCUUGAGUUCCUUGUUCUUCAAGAAGCUAAUUGUUCAUCCUUGCAAAUGUUUGAGGAUUCUUCCUCUGCAGUAGAUAUCAUUAUCUUUAGAACUCCGGUGUCCCUUGGCUUUUAGAGAGGGAUGGUGCUGUUUUUUCCUCUUUUCUCAGCAUCAGUCAGCAGGCCACAACUCUUGCACUAAGUACACCUAAUCAUAUGGACUAGUUCUCCACGCCCUGCUCCCUUGCUGUUACAGCCCUGCCCUGUAAGCAAACCCAUCCUGUCUCACUAGAUGUCCCUCUUUAGUGUUGCCCUGUUUCUAGAUACCCUCAGAGGUGGAAGUGUAGCAAGAGUUUUACUUGUCGUUCUGUUUUGUGUGACAGCAUGGCUGGAAGUUGCAAUUUUACCGGAUGUUCGGACUAUGAAAUGACUUCAAGUUGGAUUCAGUGGUUCUGUGUGCUGAUACUGGGUGAUACUCCAAAGAGACAGUAUUGCCAGAGUGCAGGACAAUUACAUCCUCUCUUUGUUAACUUGUGAGUGAGGUCAGGCUAUUUUCUUGGUGUUGGCCAAAGAAAGGAAGGGGAUCUACAGUCACAAAAUCUUGCCUACACCCAGAUUUUGUUCUUUCUUCUUAAAUCUCCUGCCUCUUGUCACAAGGAUGCACUAUGGUUGCUAGACUUUCUAGAGUUGUCGUCAGAGUCCCAAGGAUUCACUGUCUGCUUUUCCCAAAGAGCAAAGCAUGGAGACUUAACUGCUCUGACCCUUUAGAGAGUCAUAGAAAGCGGGUGGCUUAAUGGUGGGAGACAGAGGAAGUAUCGUAAUGUUGGAAAUCUAAUGCUGCCAAGGACUUCGCGUGCUCUGUGUUACUAAGUCUCCUCAGAAUUAUGUACUACAUGAGUCUUGAUUUGUCAGGGGAAGGGAAGUGGAUUCUUUCUGCAGUACUUGGGGCCUGGGAGGGAGAAAAUUGGGCUGUAUUAAUUGCAUGGGGAAUCCUAUCAAAAUGUUGGUGCUGCUGUCACUGGUGGAUGUUGCUGUUUACAGUAACUGUAUGAUACAGGGGGUUUAAAACCACACCCCAGUGACCUGUGCUUUCGUGUGUUGGCCCUGUGCAUUGCUCAUGCAGAUAGGUGAUCUGGGUCCCCAACAGCUCCUCUGACCAUGCUUCUGGUAGCAUUUUUCCAACAUAAGGGAACGGAUUUAAGUUCGCCUGUAUGGCAAGGACUGUUAUGUGGGCUUUAUGCUGUGUCCUUUUCCCAUCUGCUAGCCUGGCUUCUGAAGUGGCUUGGACAGCUAAUGAAAUCACAUUUGAUGGUCUUGGUUUAGUUAUGAUUAUGAAGUUGCUACAUAGUUUGGCUGAGACUGUGCUUCAAAAAGGCUCAGUGUCGGUAGAGUAGUGGGUAUUGCCUGCUGGGGUUGAGCUACAUCGGCAGAGUUGUGCAUGGAAGCCCAAGAAUAGAGUAGCAGGUCAGGACUGAGAUGCGUUGUCAGAGCUGAGAGUUUUCAGCUAUGUACUGGCUCUCCCAACCCCCAGCGGAUUCUUCUUAUCCAUAUUUAUGUGGUGUCUCCUGCAGACCAGGCGUCUUUGGGAAAGAGGGUGUCUCUGGAGGGUGUUGAGCUAUUCGAGCAGUAUCUGCCUCUAUUUCUAUUAGAAAUUCCUUUGGGGAAACAGGUGAGUUUUCUGGCUUGCUUUUUGCAGGCAGGUGCCAGUAUCUUGGUUCCAUAGUGUGCAUGCAUGCAUGCCUGGUCCUGUAUCAGAAUAGUGACAUGGAAAGAGGAACUGUAUGUUCUGCUCCGUAAAUGUGUGUAUUUAAGAACACCCUAGGUCUGUGUACUUCAGUGUCCAUCUACAGAGCACAGACUAACUUUGGCUGAAGGACAGAAUGACAGGACAAUGAAGUUCUGAGAGCCAAAAAGUAACCUGAGCUGGUGAAGCGUGUCUCAAUUUAAGAUGUGGGAGGAAGGGCUGGUUGGACUAAUGCUAAAUCCCUUGUAUUUUGUGUCAGGGGAAGGAGUGAGUGUUGUCUCACCCUCUGAGGUGUAAGCUCUUUAAAGAUCCCGCAAAACAUGUUAUUCAGAAACACCCUUCUAUCUAAACUGGUACGAUUCACCUGCCUUUCUCCUUCCUUUAUUACUAAAGAUGACUUUGUAUAUAAGCACGAUGCUCAGGUUUUUAUCACCUCUUCUCUGCUCCUGCUGUAUAAAUUUCUCAAUCACCCUUCUUGCAACACAACCUUCCUUUUCACAGCAACUGUUGUGACAUUCCUUCCCCCCCCCUCCCCAGAAGACUACGGGCCACCACUUAGAUGGAUUUACACCAGCAGUGAAUUUGGCCUUUGUGUGUGUUGGAAGUAAGAUUCAGGAGCAGGACUGUUGAGAAACACACUAUCCUUUUUCCAUGCAGGUAUCUUAACUCUUAAAGUAAAAAGGACAGUGGUACAAAAAUGGGUGAAAUGGCAGCCACGCAGUUUGUAAGUAUUUUCCAUGCAGCUGUUCUUAAAUGUGUCCAUUCCUGUCCCUUUAAGUGGGGAACCACUUAGAAGGUUGUAACUUGUGGGAUUAAAGGUCAGUGUGGCCUUUUUAUUUUCCUCUCUGGUAAUGCAGUUCUGUUAAACGUGCUGGAUGAAUUCAGAACACCUUUUCUAUCCAGCUGUACUUUAGUGGCUAAAUCUCUGAACUAAACUGGAUUGUCCAAUUACUGAGUAUCUAGGGCUCCUUCAUCUCUCUGAAAAACAGAUAAGCAGGUGCUUAACAUACAGAACAAGCUCCUUAAUUGAAAAAUAAAUAAACUAGUUUGUAACAUGAGUUGAACUCACUUUAGUGUUGCAAAUAAUUUUAUUGCCAGAUGAAAAAUUAGGAUUUCUCUUCUGUUAGUCUUUUUUUGUGUUCUGUUCUGCUAUCCCCAUCUUCUUCAUUUACUAUUAGCAAUUUGUUGAAAUAAGAAAAUUGUAAAGUUUAUCAGAGCAGCAAUAUAUUAUAAUAAAAAUAUUUAAAAAUGUAAUGUGUGAGCAUGUGUGCAGCAAUAAAAAAAUGUAUAUUUCAC